GAUUUUAAUAUCAAAGUCAGAUGUAAACACUUUGACAUACUCUAUUACUAAAGCAAUAUGUUUACAUGAAGGAGAUUAUAAAUGUUUCGGAAACAAUACGUAUAACAAUGGAGAAGCUUCUGUAAAACAUGUGACAUUACGUCUCCGCUGUUUUCCUCGGCCAUCUCCAAAUGUGCGAAUACGUGACAAGAUAUAUACAACAACACAUGUAACGGCUACACUUAGUUUUACAGCUUUGGCUUACCCAGUGCCCUAUCAAUCAAGUUUUAAAUGGCAGAGACAGACAGGACUGAUGUGGAGUACGCUGGCAAAUAGCAAGGAAAUAAAAAUCAUUACGUCCAGAUUGUUGACCAAUCUUACAAUCGUAAAUGUUACAAAGUCAGAUUUUGGGAAAUAUCGCUUAUUUAUUGAACAUGCAGUUGGUAUCUUUGAGCAGAUAUUUUACAUCGCAGCGAAAGCGCCACCGGACAAAUCGUCUGAUUUUAAAGUAAUAGAAGAGAGAACGACAGACACAAGUGUAACUGUCAAAUGGAAGCCUGGUUUAAACCAUGGAUCAGAUCAACAUUUUAUGUUACAGUACAAGAAAGUUACCGACGAUGAAUGGAUCAGUAUAAAUGUGACACAUAAUAAUGGUUCAACGAUCAGUUACACAAUUUAAGGUCUAUUGAGUG